AUGGCAAUACCACUACCAAGUCCCCAGGAUGAUCAGCAAAUGGUAUGUCUAGUCGAGGGACUAAGUCCAGAAACGGUCAAAAUGCUUGGAUCGCACAUCGGGAUCCAUCCAGCAUCCUUUGUGGAACUUGAACGAGUUAGUAUCCCCAACAACCGGCCUUUUAGGCAAAGCGAUGCGGUGCUUCUUUCCGGUUUCCUAAGCCAUCUUGCUCACUUCACAUUGAGGUGCUUUGAGCCGUGUUUCGUUGACAUGCGGUAUUGGAAUUUCGCAUGUGCCGCAACAGAACCGGACGCCAUACAGGGCCCCCGCGGCUCCGGGGAGGGUUUCUCUCUGUCGGUAAGACAAACAAACCCGCUAGCAAAAGAUGCAGGCGUAGUGCUGUACGACCCCCUUAUCAUCACAAUCCGCACCAAGAAGCCCAUCGGUCCCCUGUAA